GCGGCAGUUCAAACUUAUCUGUCAACAAGUAAGUAGGGUUAUGUUGCUGCUAGACAACCAGUGAGUUCAUUGAACAACUAUUGUACAACGUGUUCUUAAAUCACGCCGGACCAUCCGAUAAUUUCAUUGAACGAGAACGGCAUCAUAAUGAUAUAGCAUUCGUUAUUGGUUCGAGUUAUUGUAUUGCUGGUUGCACUUGGAAAAAGUUUUUCCUUUAAAUAGAUCUUGUUGGAGUACAUUCAGGAGAAAUAAUAUAUUAAUUGUGUAGUGAUUCAUAAUAUUGCUUAGAGACUCUUCCAAAUUUUCGGACAACAUGGAUUACCAGUUCAUGAGUACAGCUCUACUUGUCAUCUUUCUCACAAGAGGUGCGGUGUACUCAGCUGUUUUAUAUUAAAAACAGGAUCAAUCUAUUGUGUUUUUGCAAGUUUUGGGUUUCGGUGGCGAAUGCUCGCUGACGCUGAUGCCGAAUUCGGCUGAAUACGAACGCCAAGUGAACCAAUCGCUGAUAGUGACCUGUCGAGAGUCACUCCGCACCACAGACAUGAUAUGGAAGUCCCCGUCCGGCGAUGAGGUCCCCAAGAAGGGCAGGGUACAUGUUGAGAAGAACGAGAAGGGUUUAGCACUGAUAUUCGAAAAAAUUGAAAGAACUGACAAGGGAAAUUACACUUGUAACGCUUUAGUUGAUGGGCAAAAGGAACGCAUUGCAUUCACACUCAGCGUUCAAAAACCGAUUUCAUUCUCGAGUACUCCAGAUCGACAAAAUGCCACUGAGUACAGCAAUUACUUGGUGCAGUGCACUGUGGAGGGGGAUCCGGCUCCAAACGUUGUUUGGCUCGUCAGGAAUCAACCUCCCGAAGGACCACGAUUUAGACCAAUGGCCAAUGGUCUCUACAUAAAUAACGUAACUUUGAACGACAGCGGUGUCUACCAAUGUAGAGCAGUUCAGAUGACAGCCUUUUCCGCAGACCUUCAGACUAAAGAAAUUCAUCUUAAAGUCCAGCACAAACCGAAAUGGAAGAACACUAGUGAAUCAACACAAAAUCUUGCCUACGGCUAUCUUUCGGGGGUGGUGAACCUGACGUGCGAGGUGAUAGCAGAUCCUGAGCCACAGUUCGUGUGGAGGCGGCACAACCACAUUAUCAACCCCGACCAUCACAACGCCACUCUCAUCAACGAGCCUCAACGCAGCAUACUUCAGCUGCCCGUGCACAACGAGUCGACAUUCGGAGAGUACAAGUGCGAGGCGAGCAACAAACUGGGUCGACUGGAGCGCAUCAUAAUGCUGCAGAAGGGCGUGAAGCCGAAGCCACCCAAGCAACCCCUGGUGAUGUCAGUGGCUCGCCACACAGCCGUCGUGCAGAUCCCCCAGCAGCCGGCAGAGGACGCCAUCAUCGGCUACCGCAUCCAGUUCGUCUUGAAGCAACCGGGCAUACAGCACACGUGGGACGCUCCCGACUACCAGGACUUCAUGAAAGAAAAUGGAGGUCCAAAUAAGUACACGGUGAUUAACCUUCUGGAGAACACGCCAUACGCACUACGAGUGUCCUCCAGGAACGCAGCCGGGUUGAGUGACUUCACUGAAGAAGUGUCGUUCCGAACAUCCUCCUCAGACACUGGCUCAGCUCCAUCAGUCAGGGCUUCUCUCAAUCUGCUCUGUACACUGUUAUUCAUCAGCUUAAUCGUCGGUGAAUGCCGUUGAAAAAGCGGAUAGGAGUGCAACGUGUAUUAUGGUACUUUCGAAGAAAGAAAAAUUCGACAGUAGUCAUAUCGUGUUUGUAAUGCUUUGAGAUUGUUCAAUAACAGGGUGAAUAAUAUUAUUAUGUCCGAUUGAUAUAGUUGAUUCAAACUUUAUCAAGAUUCAUGAGAAGCGUGCAAGGACUGAAGCUGCGUUGUAAAGAUUCAUCAGAAUGACGACUCACCUAGUCACUUGACUUAAUUGUCUCCAGGAGUGAAUAGAAGUCAUUCACCAAGUUAUAUGCUAUAUUCUAUUAUUCUUAUGUAUGUGAAGUACCCGAAAGUGUGUACGCGUGUAUGUGGUGUGUGGGUGUGUAUUCUGUGUAUGUCUGUGAGAGCCCUAAAUGUCACUCUCGAUUGUUGUGUGGAACUGAUGUGAUUAUAUUGAUAGUUACUGAGCCCCUCUAAAUGUCACUCUCGAUUGUUGUGUGGAACUGAUGUGAUUAUAUUUAUAGCUACUGUAUUGUGUGGAUUACAAAAUGCAAUUUUGAGAAAAAGACGAUCUGUCUUUUCACCAAUCUAUUGUUAUAACUAUUGUUCUCAAACAUCAAAAAAUCAAGCUAUGUGGCUAUCACUUUUCUGAAGUAGCCAAGUGUUCACUAUCUGUACUAUAUCAAAAUGUCGAAUCCCAUUGUUUUUUUAUCAAGCAAUUCAUAAAUCUGAUAAAAGUCAUAUGUAUUAGGGCACAACUAUAACUUAAACAUUUGACGAUGGCAAGCAUGGUUCUAUUGAUUAUGAUUAUCGGAAUAAAAUUUGAAAAGACUAAUUAUGUUUGUAGAAUCAAUUAUCUCGCAUAAGAAAGAGAAAUAUCCAAUCUUGAAUUGCGCUGUCUUAAAUUAUUAUUUGUUAUUAAACUCAUAUUAUAAUAUGAAGAAAUAUCACCUCUCUUGGAUGUUGAGUUCUCGACUUCCCCGACACUGGAGAAUGACCGAAACCAAAGAGACUAGUUAAUAAAAUAAGUUGUGAUAUUCGUGUAGAAACUCAAAUAAUAAAAAUUCCAUAGAGCAGAAUUUGACGACAGGUUUUAAAAAUAGGUGAGCUCCUCUAUGAGUAAAACCAUGGAGGUAUUAUCCUAUUUCAUUCUUGCGUAUGCAUUCUCCAUAAUAAAACACAACUGUUUCUUAAUCAUUGCUAAGCUGUUUUUCAAUUCUCAUAAUUUCAAAGGGGAAGUAAUCGUAUCCAUAAAUGACUGAUUGUGAGUGGAUUAAUAAUUCUUCCAGGCCUAUAGUAUACUAUUUUUCUCUUCAGUUGUAGCAUGAUCCUGGUGCUUUUCAUUUUGUUUCAAGUCUCCAGUACUUUUAUCUUACCGCAGUGUUAUUCAAGUUAAGAGGGUAUCACUUUUCAUGUCACCUCAAACUGCACUGCACAAGGAUUGUAAUCCUUCUUUAUAUAAAAUUCCAUUCAUGUAUGGUAAGAUGCUCUCCAAUCAUUAAAUUACCUGUAUACAUUGGUCACAGAAAUUUUAACCACAGUAAUAUACUAACUCAAUGGAAGGAUUUUUUAAUUAGUCACAUCUACUUCUAAUAAUAAUAAUAAUGAUAGGAAUGAAAAAAUUGUUCGAUGAAAUUUUUUUCCAAUUACUAUGUGAGAGAAUGACGUUUAUGACUGAAUUUGGAUGAUUGGAAUUCAAGCUACUGAAUUAUUAUAUUUCUAGCUUCUAGAGAAUGAAAUAAUAAGUUUCAGAUAUUUUUCAUGAGAACAAAGUACAUCGUCACAUCCAUUUAACGUAUAUUUGAUUGUAUUCCAUAAUUUUCCAUGAGAAAUAUUAGUCAAUUGAAUUUCCCAUCGAGGAAAUUAUUGAUGUUGAGAAAUUUUAUGUUCAAUAUUCAGGCAUUCACUUCGUUACUGUUCUCUUUAUUCUGUUGAUUUUUUAAUAACUGAUAUUUAUGAUGUGCUACAUAAAAAUGCUUAAUUUUCUAUCUCCUCCCUCUUUUACACUAAUACUGGAUGUAUGUUUUUCGCACAGGUUUACAUCUUGUAACAUUUAGAACUUGAAACAACCACUUUUACUAUUACCUUGAUUAUUUUCCAUUGUUAUCAUUAUUACGAAAUAUAUUAUUGUGUGAGUUGUAUUUAUAGGCUUAAAAUCUAAAAUUAAUAGGCUAUAUUAGAGAAUAUAUUUAGUUAUUUACGAGUCCCGUUCCAUGUAUAAUAAUGAGAAGAAAUAAUAAUAUUGAUAUGUUGAGAUAGCCUAAUGCUAUAAAGUACAUAUAUGCAGAAUGUAUCCGUUUUUACUUGAAAGAUAUAAUAAGUGUAGUGUUACGUUUUGCUAUUGAUACUUCUAUUGAUCAAAUUGGCAUCUAAUGCUUCAAACUUUUUAUUGAAAAAAACUGUAAAUAGAUUUAUGUAACAAGUCAUAUUAUAAUUAUGUAGAAUAAAAAGUCAUUCAGAUAACUUUGGAAUAAUGACUGAGCACAACUGUGUUGUUGAUAAUCUCUUAUCAAAAACUAUGAAUAUUUACUAUUUGGAUAAUUUAUUUGCUGAAUGGGAUGAGACCUCUAUAAUGUUUUUAUUUUUUACAUCCCAUUAUGUAUAUUUUUUCUACUUUAUGUUUCAAAUGAAGCAGUAAAUGGAGAUUUUGAUCUGCUGUGUAUCUGUUUGGAAGUAAUAAAAUUAUAGUUUGUCAAAA